AACGACAGUAUUUAGUAUCUCGCUUCAAUUAAGCCUCUCAGUAAUCAUAAAAACAGAAAAGUAUUAUGGCUAUCUUGAAUAACGGAGACUUGGCCCUGCCCAAGGGAUCACUCGUACUAGUUACGGGUGCGUCAGGGUACAUUGCUAGUAAUUUUGUUGUCGAAGCUCUCAAAGCUGGUUACAAAAUUCGUGGAACAGCAAGAUCUCCAGCUAAGGCACAGAAGACUAAAGCCGUCUUUAGUUCACCGAACUACGAUUGUGUGGUGGUGCCAGAGAUGGAACCAGAAGGGGCAUUCGAUGAGGCUGUCAAGGGAGUUGACGCUAUUGUACACAUGUCCUCACCUUUGACGUUCAGCCCCAAUCCAAAGGAAGUCGUGCCUCCUGCGGUUAAUGGAGCAACAUCCAUCCUCCGCUCGGCAGCCAAAGAACCAAGGAUUCAGAGAUUUGUGUUUACAAGUUCAAGCACAUCCACAUCCUUGCCCAAACCUGGAGUUAGGUUUUAUAUUGACAGCAAAUCUUGGAACACCGAGGUCGACGAAUACGCAGACUUCCCACCACCGUACAAACCAGAGAAUGCGUUCAAGGUUUAUUCCGCAAGCAAGACGAAGGCGGAGCAGGCAGUAUGGAAAUUUGUCAAGGAUCAGAAUCCCAGUUUUACUGUUAACUGUAUUAACCCGGCAGUGAAUAUGGGUCGGGUAAUUGACUCACAUGGUGAAACUGGCGGUCUCGUCAUCAAGGCCUACAAAGGAGACAUACAGUGGGACUUUCUACCGCAGUACAUGGUGAAUGUAGUUGAUUGUGCUCGGCUGCACCUAAUCGCAUUGAUUGACAGUUCAGUAAAGAACGAGCGCAUACUGGCGUUUGAUGUUCCAUUUAACUGGAAUGUCGUAUUGGAUAACUUUCGAGACCUAUUCCCCUCUAAAAGGUUCGCUGACAACCAGAAACAAGACUCAGAUAUCAGCGAAGUCGACAACAAGCGCGGUGCAGAAUUGUUGAAAAAGUGGUAUGGUCAACAGGGCUACACCGGCCUUAAGGAGAGUUUGCGACAAACUGUUGAAGGUCUGGACUGAUAAAUGGGGGUUACGUGUUCGUCGCAAUUAGAUAGGGUUGUUAUGCAGCAAAUCGUAUCGAAUAUUAAAAAAUAUUUUCUUA